UUCUUUUAUCAAAUCAGUUUCCUCUCAAGUUCAGGAAAUCAAUAAUAAUAGUAGCAAUAUUAUAUUUUUCAUUGAUGAUGAUCAACAUGCAAACGGUUUACAACCUCUUUAUUGUAAUUUGCAUAGAAAAGCAAAAGCUGAAAAUGUAUAUACACACGUAAUAAUUACUGGUCGUGGAAUAAGCGGUAGAGAAUUAAGAAAGUCUAAUUCAUUAUUACCGAAUUGUGAUGUACCUGUAUAUGAUUUAGAACUUCGAAAAGGCAAUGAAAAUACCUUCAUUACAGUUAUUAAAGAUAUAAGUAGUGCGUUGGAUCAAAUUCGGCCGGAUGUCUUGAUUUAUAUAAAUGAUCCAAAAAAUGAAGCAGUACGUGGUGUUGACGCUGCAUUAAUGGCUGCUUCUCAAACAAAUAAUAUCAUUACUAAGAUUGCAUUACCGAUUGAAGACGUGAAAUAUAUGAUGUGGUUAACUGAUUUAAAUAUAGAGGCGCUUAAAAACUGGAACACUCCAAAAAUUCAAAUAGAAAUAAUUACUCAAGAUCGCCCUGCAUCUCUAUUACGCCUUGUACAAUCGCUCAAUUCGUCUAUUUAUUUUGGUGACAAUGUACAUCUCACUAUAAAUAUUGAUCGAAGUGCAGAUCCUGUUACUGUUAAAUAUUGUCAUACACUUGAAUGGCCUUUUGGUCAAACAAAUAUCCGAUACCGUAUAAAACAAGGUGGCUUGAUUACUGCUAUAGUAGAAUCUUAUUAUCCGACUACCAAUGAUGAAUACGCUAUAAUUUUAGAAGAUGAUAUUGAAGUUUCUCCAUUCUACUAUAUAUGGUCAAAAUACACUAUCUUAAAAUAUAGAUAUGGAACUGAUCGAAAUUUAACCAGUAGAUUGUAUGGAGUCAGUCUUUACGAUACAAAACUCAAUGAAUUUAAUAUAACUACUGGUCGUAGACCGUUUAACCCUGCUGAUGUUUUAGCGCAUACAAAAUAUCCUAAUCAAUCUCCAUAUCUUAUUCAAGCACCUUGUAGUUGGGGUGCUUUAUUUUUCCCUGAAAUAUGGCGUGAAUUUCAUGAUUAUCUGAAAGCUAGGUUAGCUGAUAUUGCUGGUCCUAAUUUACAACAAAUAGAGAUUCCAGAAAGUAGAUCAAAUAUGUGGACAAGUUCUUGGAAACGUUUCUUUAUAGAGCUUAUAUAUCUUCGUGGCUAUUUGAUGCUUUAUCCUAAUUAUGAAAAUUCUAUCAGCUUUACCACUAAUCACGCUGAGAUCGGUGUUCACUUUGGCUUCAAAAAAAAAGAAUUAGGAUUAUGGCUCCUUCCAUUAAUGGAAGAAGAUAUUCUAUUGGAAGGGAUGCCUGAUGGUCAUUUACCUGACUUUAAGGAUUUACCAACUAUGGAUCUUUGGGGAAAUCUUGUGCCUCAAAAUGAAUUAAUUCGACGUGGACGAUCACUACACUCGAAAAUUUCGAUUUGUCCUCCAAAAGAUACUGAUGAACUCAAUUAUAAUCCCCAAGACCUAUUAUGUAUGGAUAAUUCAACCCUUUCCGAUGAUGUAAAUACAAUUAAACUAACAGCAAAUGAGAAAAAUCCUGCAAUAAACCAAUAA